GAAAAAUUAAAUGAACGUUUGGCCAAAAUGUCUACUGGUGUAGCGCUUCUUAAAGUUGGUGGUUCAAGUGAAGUUGAGGUUAAUGAAAAGAAGGAUCGCGUGACUGAUGCUUUGUGUGCUACUCGCGCAGCUGUUGAGGAAGGAAUUGUUCCAGGAGGCGGUGUUGCUUUGCUUCGUGCACUUAAAAAGUUGGACGAUAUUAAGGCUCCCAAUGAUGACCAGUUAAAAGGAAUAAAAAUUGUUCAAAAAGCUGUUCGCCAACCCAUUGCUACUAUUGUUGCUAAUUCCGGACUUGAACCUUCAGGGAUUGUAGAGAAGAUUCUUGCUAAUUCAAACAUCAACUUUGGUUAUGAUGCAAUGAAGGAUUCCUUUGUUGAUAUGCUUGAAGCUGGCAUUAUUGAUCCAACAAAGGUCAUCAGAACGGCUCUUCAAGAUGCUGCUGGUGUCGCCUCAUUGUUAUCUACCACUGAAUGUGUUAUCACGGAAGUGCCUAAAGAAGAACCGGCAAUGCCUGCUGGUGGCGGAAUGGGAGGCAUGGGUGGAAUGGGAGGCAUGGGCGGAAUGUACUGA